AUGGAUGCUUCAUCUGAACAAGUGGAAUACUUGUCAUCGAUAUUAUUGAAGCACAAUACACCAGUGACAUAUCAUACUUUAGCAAGGGAAUUGAAAAUUCAUCAAAAUAAUGCAAAGAAUGUCCUACAUGAGUUUUACGCAGCGAAUGGAGACAAGAUACUGGCAUCAUUUAUAAUUACAGGAAAAAGUGAAAGUGGUACCCUUAUUAAGCUAUGCAAAGAUGAAAGUUCGUUGGAGCUGGAUAUAAAGUUAUUUGAGGAUAUUCAUAGUAUUCACGUUUAUAGCUUGCAGACCAAAGAAUCGCAUAUGGGCAAUGAGAAUAUUGUUUUAGAAGAGUUAAAGUAUAAGGUCGACCAUAUGAACAAUGACGAGUAUUACAGCCUCGGUAUGAUAAGAGGACCUGGUUUGGUUGUUGUGGAUGCAAAGCUGGUACCAGCUAAAGCACCAAAUACUACCGUAAAGAGUGAUGCCGCACCGGCUGACUCUACUAACGAGACAUCCAAUAAACCUCCUAAAAGCGCUGGUUUGACAUCUGGCUAUGUUUCACGUAAAGCCAAUAAUGACAAUAGAUCGUCUGAUAGAUCUAAAACAGAUUCGAUAACAAAUUACACCUCACGUAAAUCUGAGGCCGCUAAUAAGCCAUCGAAGAGAUCACUGACGGCACCUACUUCUGGAUACCAAUACAAAUCUAGAAAAUUGGAAAAGCAACAACCAAAGGAAAGAGUGGUCAUUUCUAAUGAAGGUGAGCAGGACCACGUUGAAGAAGAGCUCCCGGAAAAACGUGAAAAUAAGAAGAAUAUAUCUGACCUCAAUAAUUUGUUUAUUGAUGACUUCAGUGAUGAGAGUGAUAAAGAGGCUAACAACGAUGAGAAGGAAGAGCCAGUUAUUAUUAAUGAAAAUGAGCCUGAAUCGAAAGAACCUAUAUCGAAAGAGACUGAAUCAAAGACACCUGAAGUCACUUCAAAAAAGACUCCAACUCCAACAACCAGAACUGAAAUUAAAACUGAGCCCGAUGCGGUUGAUGGCGAUGGUUAUUUGACUUCGUUUAAAUCAAAUAAUCCAGUAAAAAAUAAGCAUGACAAAAAGAAGACACAAUCUUCUUUGAUGAAUUUCUUUAAACCUAAAUAA